CCUACGACUUGUCUAGGACUUGGAUAGCAGACAUUAUCCCUCCCUUUGCUAUCCCGAACGUGUUUUAUCGAUCGACAACCUAGAGCGAACCCGCUUACACGCCCCGGUUCACUCACGAUUUCAACCGGAGUAACACCAAAACACCAACUACACCACAUACCACGAUAGAGCAAAGCUGCUCACAACACAACCACCCUCUAUGGCGGCGCAUCUCCCUACAAUCAACUUCAACCCUUUAGCUCCCGUUACACCUCCGCCUGAGCAUCUCUCAUUCCGGAAACCCGCACUUCCUCUGUCUGCUCAGCUGAAACGCAAAGCCGCCGAGGCAAACAUCACCAAUGAUCAUGUCACAAUGAAGAAGGAGCAAUCAUCACUAAACAACCCGUCCAUGGUCCCGCCAAAGUCGACGUCGAUUCCGAAUGCGAGUGCAGACCCGAACCAGCCGCCCAUGGAUCCCCGAUAUGUCGCCAUGGUAUCACGCAUCGCCGCCUACUACCAGCAACGCUGCCAGGCUAUCUCCAACGCGCAGCAGCAAAGAUGCCAGGCUUGGGCCAACAUGCACAGGCAAAAGUGUCAAGAGAUGAUGCAGGCAGCUAUGUUGGUGGUGGCGUGGUACAUCCGCGAUCGGAUCCAGCGGAGACGCCGGAGGCAAAAGAAGCAGUUCCGCACUGGGCUGAGAGCCCAGAGCACCCGGUCCCGCGUCACAAAGGGCGAAGGGGUCCGGCGCUGGGUCAUGAACGUGCCCGAGGGCAUGUCAUCACCGCACAUUCCGGGGCUCGACGACCCCGCUGACCAAGAGGAAGCCCACUUCUCCAUGGACAGGGAGGUCCCACCGGACAAGGACUCCAAGCUAUUUGAGAUGGCGGACAACAUGAUUAGAAGCCAGUACCGCAAGGUGGAAGUGCCCAUCCUCGGCGUGCUAGGCUUCGAGGAGGACGAAAGUGAGAGUGGGAGCGAAGCCGACGACGACUUUGAUCAGCUCAUGGAGGAUGAGCUCGAAGAUGGCGAGGUUGAAGAAUACGACGAUGAAGAUGACUUGGAAUUGGACGAUGAAGAUGACGAGGGGGGGGAUGGGUCCGAACUCGUUCACCGCGGUACGGGCACCGGCACUGGAAGCCGGGGCAAGGACUCUGGCUUGUCAUCUUGAAGUUGGUGUUUGGGGUCUUUUGAUUUGCUUCUUUCCCGGCUCUUUGCUUUUUUUAAUGUGUGGCGUUCAACGGCGGGCAUGGACAAUGAUGUGACGAUUGGAAUAGUUACCCUGGGCGAUCUACAUACCUUG